AUGAUAAUUAAUAUUAAUAAAAUAGUAUGGAAAGUCCCUCAUGUUUCUGUAGCCGAUGUUGAACGUUUAAAACUUUUAGAGUACAUAGAACAAGGAAUUGAAUUAGACAUGGGAUUUAGAUCAUUUGAUUUACAUGAAUACCCAUCAUUACCAAAAAAUAGACAACACACAUGGACAAUUAAAACAUCUACUCAAUUAGAAAAGCCCAGAUACUUUAUAUUAGGGUUUCAAAUCAAUAGAAAAGAUAAUCCGUUACGUUCUGCAUCACAAUUUGACCACUGUAAUUUAACAGAUAUGAAAGUGUUUUUAAAUAGUGAGAAAUAUCCCUAUGAAGCUUUAAAUUUAAAUUUUAAGACAGGUCAAAUUGCAGUUUUAUAUGAAAUGUAUUGUAAUUUCGCAAAGACCUAUUACGAUCGAGAACUUGCAGAACCAAUGUUUAACAGAGAUACAUUUUUAGCACAUACACCGAUUAUUGUAAUUGAUUGUUCACGGCAAAAUGAUAUUUUAAAUGUUGGAACCGUUGAUAUUCGCAUUGAAUUUGAAACGAGUGAAGAGAUACCUAAUGCUACUUCCCUCUACUGUUUAAUCUUACACGAUCGUGUUUUCAAAUAUGUUCCUUUAACUGGUAUGAUUAAUCAAAUAUAG